GAAUUUCAGGACAACGGUCGGGGGUAUCGCUGGUGCCUCGUGAUUGCGAUAACCCCAGCAUGUUGUUGAUACCAGGAAAUAAUGGAAAAUGGCAGGGACUCGAGUACGUACUGCCGAGAAAGAGGGGUGUGGGAGGCUGGUAUGGUUAUUGCCUUUUGUUUCUGUGAUACUGAAUAAGAUGCCUUUCAUCCAUAUUUUAUUUAGGAUAUUUUACCAUCAUUUGUAAAGCAUAUAACAAGAAACAGCAGAUGAUAUACAAAUCGUCACUACAAACGAUGCUGCAAAUAUUAUAAUGCGGAGCGCAAGGUAACUCGAUUUAUUUAAGCUUCGUCUUUUUGCGAACUUCCGCGAAUAGAAGCUUUAUCCGCUGGGUAAAUUGCAUUUGAACAGUAAACACGCAACUAUUUUUCGUUGAUGGCAAAAGGUUCAUCGUCAAGCAAUGUCAUCAAUUUUUCUACAAAACUAGAACAAAUUUGCGUUGAUAAACCAGGACUCAACGAACAUGAACGAGUAUCUACAUCAAGAGAUUGAGUGCGCGCUGGACGAGCAGGACAAAUUAGAAGACGACGACGGAGAGUCACUAGCAGCGUUUGGAGAACCGCCAUCGGACGACUAUGUAGAACUGAAAAUAUUCGCCAUCUGCUUUGCCAGCUACCUCAGCUCGCUGCUAAUCAAGAUGGCUCUACGCAGACUGCUCGGACCAUCAUCGAUUUUCUCCAGACGAACGCCAUCCGCACCAGCAACCUGAAAGCAUCAAGCGUCAUUGUGUACCGUUACUAUCGCUUCUUCACUACCACGACUGGCACAAUUGACUCCAUCGUUAUUUCGUCAAUUACUACUACUACCAAAACUACCAUAUAGCAACAAUCGUAAUCUAUCGACAUUGAGCUUUUAGUAAAACAACCGAUAUUGCUCGCUCCCAGCUCAGCACAUCACCGCCGAUCCUGGUUGUCGAGCGCCGGCAACCGUAUAUCUCUGGCCUCUCUAAGACGAUCCUUCCAUUGACUUUGCAUCGUUCCUAUUGACCUUCCUCUCAAUGAGCUGUUCUUCAGCUGUUAUUCAGCAUAGUCCACGAAUGUCACUUUAUGCGACACGCUCAAGCGAUACGGUUUGCGCUCUCUUUCUCUCUCUCUCUCUCUCUCUCUAUAUAUAUAUAUAUAUAUGUCUGACCGGCUAGCAAACUAUACGCGAGUAAAAAAUACACGCAAGCAGUGACCGACAGCUCAACAGGACUUCAAUCACAACAAACCAUGACUGCUGAUGUGAUGUUAUCAAGCAGCUCAAGAAUGCAAAGAGACAAAAAAUAAAUAAUUACUGUUCAACGGACAUUCGGAUACAUAGACGUACUAAGCUAAGACGCAAACCAGAGCUUUAAUUUAGCCCUGAAUUUCGUUGCUGAGUCAGUCAGCAGCUAAGGAAACACCAGGUAGCGAAAGGAUAUAGCAACAGUAUCGACCCGAAUGUAAAGUGAAUUCAAAAUAACGUCGGCCAACACAAUACAAAAACCAAGACCAAAAUGAACCUCUCAGAGGACUUCCAAUCAAUUACGAGUGAUUUUCACUGCCAGCUCCUGGGGCAAACCGAUAGCCCCCUGCAAGCCGGCUGUCCCGUGAAUAACAAUAACAACCUCAGCACGGCUAAUAACAACAAUAACAGUACAAGUGUAAACAACAACAACGUGAACAACAACAAUAACAAUAAUAACUCGACAAUCGCCAAUAACAAUAACAACUACUUGAAGUCACCCGCCACGAAUUUGAUGCCCCCACCCCCGGCGCCGGGGAGUUGUUCCGUCGCGUCGGGGGGCACCUGUGCAGGUGGUGGAACUGCGGCGAAUAUAGGAGGCGCCGGCGGCGGCGGCGGCACCGCAGCUGCUAACGGUGCAGCGGGAGCGACCGGUUCAGCCGCAAACGCCACGAAUGCAGCGAACAGCAGCUCGUUUCCAGCCGCGGAAUUCGUUGCGGAUAUACAGAAGUGUCGUUUCCUUUAUGACCGAAACGAUCCCAACUUUAAGAAUAUCGCCGUCAAGAAUAAUCAAUGGCAGAUGAUUGGAAUUAAAUACGGACUUACAGGGCAAGAGGCCGCCUCGAAGUGGCGAAACCUUCGCGACAAGUACAGGCACCUGUACAAGCGUAAGACGAAUGCAGCGCAGGCCGGCCAGGACUACAAGGUGGUGUGGAACCUCUACGAGCAGAUGGAGGACUUCUUCAAGUUCGAAGACACGCCGGGCUCGAACAAGAGCGCCAAGCCGCCACCAAUCGCACCCCGACCUGAUGCCGCCUACCAGGAAUUUCACGAGAGACAACAGCAACAGGCCCAACAACAGCAGCAGCAACAGCAGCAAACGCAACAAUCACAGCAACAACAACAGCAACAACAACAGCAACAGCCACAGGCCCAACAGACGCAGCAACAGCAGCAGCAGCAGCAGCAACAAACACAACAGCAGUCUGUACAUCCGGGUCAUCCUGCCCAUCAGAAUCCCAUGACCCAUGGCCAUCUAGCCGAACAUCAUCAUAACAAAGCCUUUCAAGGGUUGUUAACAGAUGUCAAGGAGGAAAGGGCUCAUCACGAUGAUCUCUCGUCGGCAUCCCGACACAUAGGCGAGCACUAUUUCGGCCAGGCGCACCAUCAGGCGACAGGGUACGCGCAUGGCUAUUACGGUCAACAACGAGUGGCGGCUGGCUCUUGUGCUCAGACUGCGGCCCCUGUUCCUAGCGGACAGGUACGUCAGGGCACGUCAGGAUAUCCCGAUCCCGCUAGGAUAUCGGCGAGCUGCGGGGGCUACCCGGCUUCUGGACAUCCGGGGGCUCAUUUAGGUGCUCAUCCGGGAACUCAUCCGGGCGCCCAUCCAAUGCCCCACCCAAGUGCGCACCCUUCAAUGCGAAGUGGCAGCGUUGGAAGCUCGUUUCGGGACUACCCACAGGCUCAAGCUCAUCCGGGUUUGCCGCAUGGCUCCCACAAGGCCGCCAGCAGCAACAUGCACUAUGGCUAUGCUCAUUACGCUCCUAUGCAACAGUACGUCCAGCAAGGCCCCGCAGUGGGUCGGCAAGUAAGCCAGAUGGGUGGCCAUGUGGGGGGCCAACACCAUCCGUAUGGAGGCCACCACUCGUAUCCCGGCCAUCAGGCUCAUCACCAAACAGCUCAUCAAACCCAUCACGCCCAACAGGGAGGAGCCUGUUCGUCUGCGAGCCGUGACCCAUCAUUAUCAACAGCAGCCGGCGUCGUUAGUCCAAUCGAACAACAACAACAACAACAACAACAACAGCAUCAGCAACAACAACAGCGUAAGGAGUGCCCCGCAUCCUCGAUGGUCUCCCCCCCGUCCUAUUACCAGGGCUGCGCGGCUGUCGCCUAUCCCCAAAACCUCCUCGCACCCCUAUCGGCACAGCAAAUCUCGCAGAGUGGCAGUAGCUCUCAGUCUCAAUACAACUCAUCAAAGUACCACACCUUACACAACAGCCAGCAGUCAGUAAAGCAGCAGCAGCCUUCAUUAGUUCAACAGGACAGUACUACUGCUACUACGCCUCAACAACAGCAGCCUCAGCUUACCGCUCAGUCGACUACUCAACAUUCCACCUCAGGCGGCCUCAGCCCUCAUAAGCCAGUACACCAUCUUCAGACCACACCUUCUGUUGGACCAGCAGCAGUCGGUGGCGUUGGACCUGUGACCACCAGCGCCGCGCGGACGCAGUCGGCCUCUUCGUCGGCCGCAGCGGCUGCAGUGGCAGCGGCAGCGGCCAACCUUCAAUACGGUUACAGUCAACAGGACCCGUUCUCACCACCAACGGCCACCCAGGCUGCCAUUGGCGGCCAGUUAGUGCAGUGCCCGAAUCUAGCGAGCAACGCCGAUGUGUCGGCGACGACGACGACGGCAACAGCCAGCUAUUCCCAAGCGGCAACGACUACCUCGACGACGUACACAAGCAGUUCGUCAGCUGCUGCCACGGCAGUUCAACAACAUCCGCAUUCACAUCCACAUUCGCAUACGCAUCCUCACCAGCAGCAGCAGCCGCCACAUGUCUUGCAUUCGCUACAAGCGGUUGCGCAUCAUCCGCACCAAUCGGUCGAUCCACACGUGGUUGUUCAUCAGCAGCAGCAACAACAGAAUCAAGUACAGCAACAGGUUUGUUCUCCGCCGACAAUCUCGACCCUGUCUAUGGCCAACUUACCCGGACAUUUACCGACGGGCCCGGCGGCUUAUCAGGCAGUGGCGCCGCUGCCCUGUCUCACGUCACAUGCGCCCCCUACGCCGCCAUCAUCGACCGGGUCACAGGUGUCUCCGCCCACACCGACCACCCAGUGCCCUCCACAGUCGCAGCAGCUACAAUCGUCCGGUUCAACGGGCGGCGCCCAGACUACCCAGACAUCGCCCGCUGUACCGUCGACGUUCGCGACGCCACCACCAACGCCUUCAUUACCUGUCACCACGUCGGCGUCCGCCGACUUGCCUUCGCCCACCGUCAGCUCAGUGAAGGGCGAACCGCCUGCGCGAAGUCCAGCAGAUUGUCAUUCGGCGACGUCCACCGACAGCAACAGUUUAAUGGCGGUGGCGAAUAACCACAACAUGACGGGCAGCGCUAGCGGAGGUUCCGCUGGAAGUAGUGGAAACAGUAGUAGCAAUGCGACCGGCGGUGGUAGUUCUGUUGUCUCGCGAGACGCCAGCGCUGCGGGCGGCUGUAGUAGUAUGCUGGCAGCUUCGGCGUCCGCCCAGCUUGCUAUGGCGAUUUCGUGCGCUACAGGGCAAUUGGCAAGCUCGCCAAACACCCAUACGCGUGAGGGCCCAGGUGGAGAGUGCGAGGAGGAUCCCAGCCCACCAUUGCACCAUCCGAAUUCACUCAACGUCCCCAUUAUGGCUCCUGCCGAUGUAGAACAUGCCUGGCCUUCAGCCGCCGCAUUAGCGCCUUAUAACAGCAGUAACAGUGCUGCUGCUGCCGUCGUCACGACAAGUAACUGCAGCGGCAGCAGCAGCAGCAGCAGCAACAGCAGCAGCAGCAGCAGCAGCAGCAGUGGCCAUAAUAGUGCCAACGCACAGGGCGCAGAUAGCACCACGAACAGCAACUGCAGCAAUAACAGCUCCUCUAAUUCAGCCAUUGGCAUGGUAGCAUUAAGUUCGGCCCCAGCCAAUUACCAUGGAACUUCCGGAGGCUCGCGCGGCUUCUUCCCCUCUCCGCCUCAAAGAACUACCUCACCCCCCGGUUUGCAAGACUCUGCCUUCCAGGAUGCUGAAUCUACCGGCUACAGCUUCGGAAUGAUGGUAUAUCACCGGCUGCGUAAUCUCGGCUGUCCACGAAAACGACGACGAUUAAUGUCGGACAUUGAGCGAAUGCUCUCAGCAGCCGAGGAGCCAUCCGGUUAUAAAUAAAAAAAUGAGCUCGUAAACGAGACAAGUGAAUCUUGGUCAGCAUAAACUAGCCACCACUACAGACAGCAACUAUCAUUGUGCAGAGCAUGGAGCUGCACAUGGCGUUGACAGAUGUACACAUGCAUGACGAUAACAUGAUGCUAUUUUACGAUACGCCAUCGUCAAUCUCAAUGAGGACAAAAGUGAAACUUGUUCGAAGGAUCUCAAAUAACCAAUGAACUGAGCGAUCAUGCGCUGGCUAGCCAUCUUGAAAAGGUUCGAUUUUUCAUCACCUUUAGAAAAUUCCCUAAUCGAGACUAGAUGUGGAGAAUGCGAGAAGUGACUGAUGGGAAAAAUGAAACGGGAUCAGCGCCGAAAAAAAAAUUCGUGGAGCGUGUGUGCAAUAAUCUUUGGAAUUCUCUAAAAAGUAGGGGGUGUGUCGUGCCGCUGUUUCCUCCAAUAAUAUCUGCAACAUCGUUUGUAUAGUUGAAGGAUAGAAAACAGAAACAGGACUUGAAAAAUAAACGAAAAUAAUCACUGAAGUAAAGUGUAAGUGUACACGCACCUAUUGGGCGGUGGCUUCGAGUCUAGUCAGAACUGUGUAAUUUAAGAUCAACCAUCCUAUUUCUUUCAUGAUUAAUUUUGUUCUUUAUUGCUAUUUGUCUCGCAAAACUAUAAUCAAAGCUCCAUGCAGAGUUCUCGUCUGGCAGGGCCGAUUUUGUUUCUAUUAGAUUUAGGUUGGAUAGACAGUAUCCAAUAAAGAUGAAGAUAAAAUGAAAUAAAUGUAACUGUGGACCAGAUUCUGCUGCUUUAUGAACUACCGUUUCUAACCAAUACAGCUACCCGAAUUACUAAUAUUGGUGUACUCACACAACAUUCAUUAGGCGUCUUGGAAUACCCCAACAAAAUGUCCAGAAACGGCAGAGUCCCUCGGACACAUCGAAGUACAUUUUCCUUUCCGGCGAAAGGAAACCAAAAAGAUGUGGAGGAAGCGGUACAGUUAACUCAGUAGCAUCGACUGGGCUUAUUAGGAGGCCGAUGCCAGAAACAGGAACGCUCUGUAAAUUAUUAAAGAAAGGGGUUUCAACAAAGGAUGAAUAGAUUGAGGAAACGAGAUACUGUGAGCGAAAUGCAUGACUAUGAAACGAAGGUCGAAAGGAUAUAAA